AUGUUUAGAUGCGACGACUGCCGCCGUCUCAAGGAAAAAUGCAUCGGCACCGUCCCCUGCGACAGAUGCAAGAAAUCAGGCCGCUCAUGUCAAUUCAGCAACAGCUUCAGGAGAACCCGCGUUUCUCGUGCUGCAUCCACAAGCAAGACUUGUCCUAGAAACCGCGCUGCUGCUGCUGAUUCUUCUGCCUUUUUCGAGAUUGAGAGGAUUCAGGCGCUUGAGCAGAUUGCUCGGUACUAUACAGGGUUAGAGCAGUGCAGUUUGGAGAGUUUGAAAGAGGUUAUUGGGAACUUUGCCCAAGAUGAGGGAGGUUUGGAUGUUGAGGUUGAUGAUGGGAGAACGAAUAUUAACAUAUCGAUGAUUCAGUGUCCAAGUCCAGAAACCGCAGUAGAAGAAUUAAACCCUUCUACCCAUCUUCUCUCUAGGGACGCCGUCGUUCUAGAAGCCGUGUCUCUCUUCCCACCUGCGCACUCGGCCCUCAUCCUCCUCAACGUGUUUUUUGAAUUUGCUCAGACAAACUACUUUUACGUCGACGAAGAAACACUUCGGCAGAGGUUGGAUGAGUUUUACUCUUCAUCUACACGGGUGGGUAUCAAUGAUGCUCCUUGGGUCUGCACUGCUCUCAUGGUGUUUGCCCUCGGGAUGCAGUUUGCACACCUGUAUCAGCCAUCGUCGAGGAGCUCUUGUGGGGGUCUCAUGAGGGAGGCUUACAGUGUCUGUCAGACAAUGGACGAUGCACUCGCGUUGACGUUUUACCGCAAGGCGUCUAACAUGAUUCCCGACAUUCUUGCCAUGGCUUCACUUGAAAGUAUUCAGGCUUUUCUUCUUUUGGGUAUCUAUGUACUGCCUGUCGAUCCUGCUGGCUUGUCCUGCACAUACUUUGGAAUCGCUAUCAAAGUUGCUACGCAGAGCAAUAUGCAUCAUAAGAGCGGUGAUGAACUGUCUGCGCGUGAAGCUGAGUUGAGAAAGAGGGUUUGGUGGACAGCAUACACGCUGGAAAGGUACGUUAUACGGAUCUGUAUUCUUCACGGAAAACCAGUCUCGAUCUCACGGCUAGACAUUGACGCCAACCUACCGACUGAUUUGAUUGAGCUGCAGCCCAAGGAGAGGGUCAAUCCUUUUCAAAACAAUCUUGCCAUGUUGAAGUUGACGAUUUUCAUGGAGGAUGCGCGAGAUGGAAUAGUCAAAGCCUUCCAAAACAUCAUCAAGUCGAAUAUCAAAACAAAGGACGCAGAGUGGCUUGGGCUGCGCAAGGAGCUGGUCGAUGAUUGUGUUGCUAGCGCUGUUGCUGUCAUUGACCUUUGUCAGAUUCUCCAAGACAAGGGAAGUCUAUCCAAGUCGUCAUACACAGAGUUUAGCUCGUGUUGUGCCGCUGUCCUGGCUCUCGUAGCCAAGGCAGUAUCCGACAAGAGCGGCCAGCUACAAGACGUCAGCAAAAGGGGCAUGGAACUUCUACGAAACAUGUCCACGGGCGUCUUUUCAACAAGUUGCGAGAAACGUGCCGUCGAGGGUCUCGAGGCAGCGUUUAACAGACUGAACCACAAAGAGGACGAGUCUGCCAAGUGCGACGAGGCUGGAUACAUGCAGUUCCGGAACUGGGUUGCCAUGCAACAGAUUCUCCCCGGAGAAUCACUUCAACUGCCGAAGCAGGAUAAUCCCAUGAUGAAUUUGUUUGGAGGGUCAUCGGUUGGUAGUCAAUAUUCAGCCAAGACGAAUGGAUGUGUGUUGCCUGGGUAUGCAGAGUUGAGUUCUCUGCCGGAUCUUGGGGAAUGGUUUGAUCAUGGGUUUGGGCAGGGCGUUUAAUAAAGAUGGUAUGGGCUUCACGACUUUUAUCACGACAUUUAUAUGACGGCAGGCGUAUUCUUAUUUUUGGGGCGUUUUCUAUCAUUUAGGGUAUCCUUAUUAUCGUCUCCUGGGUAGACUGUGAAUCAGUGUCGCUCCUUCUCUUACUCUU